GGGGGCGUGGUGAGGGGCGUGGUCGGCGCCUGCCUGGCUCGAGACUCCGCAGCUCCGCCAGACCUUACACUGUCCCCGGCCCCGUGCGGCUCUGGCUUUCCCUAGAAUCCUGGGGUCGUCAAUGGCAGGAGGAGGAGUGAUCAGAAGACCGAGAUGAAUUUUAACACUAUCCUAGAAGAGAUUCUUAUUAAAAGAUCACAGCAGAAAAAGAAGACAUCACCCUUGAACUACAAAGAAAGACUUUUUGUACUUACAAAAUCCAUGUUAACCUACUAUGAGGGCCGAGCAGAGAAAAAAUACAGAAAGGGGUUUAUUGAUAUUUCAAAAAUCAAGUGUGUGGAAAUAGUGAAGAAUGAUGACGGUGUCAUCCCCUGCCAAAAUAAAUACCCGUUCCAGGUUGUUCAUGAUGCUAAUACACUUUACAUUUUUGCACCUAGUCCACAAAGCAGGGACCGGUGGGUGAAGAAGUUAAAAGAAGAAAUAAAGAACAACAAUAAUAUUAUGAUUAAAUAUCAUCCUAAAUUUUGGGCAGACGGAAGUUACCAGUGCUGUAGACAAACGGAAAAACUAGCACCUGGAUGUGAAAAAUACAAUCUUUUUGAGAGUAGUGUAAGAAAAGUACUCCCCCCAGCGCCAGAAAAAAAGAAGAGAAGGCCUCCUCCACCAGUUCCCCCAGAAGAAGACGAUAACAGUGAAGAGAUAGUUGUGGCAAUGUACGAUUUCCAGGCAACAGAAGCACAUGACCUCAGGUUAGAGAGAGGCCAAGAGUACAUCAUAUUGGAAAAGAAUGACGUGCACUGGUGGAGAGCAAGAGAUAAGUAUGGGAGCGAAGGAUAUAUCCCUAGUAAUUAUGUCACAGGAAAGAAAUCAAACAACCUAGAUCAGUAUGAAUGGUAUUGCAGAAAUACAAAUAGAAGUAAGGCAGAGCAACUCCUCAGAACUGAAGAUAAAGAAGGUGGUUUUAUGGUAAGAGACUCCAGCCAACCAGGCUUGUAUACAGUCUCGCUUUACACAAAGUUUGGGGGAGAAGGUUCAUCAAGUUUCAGGCAUUAUCACAUAAAGGAAACAGCAACAUCUCCAAAGAAAUAUUACCUAGCAGAAAAGCAUGCUUUUGGUUCAAUUCCUGAGAUCAUUGAAUAUCAUAAACACAACGCAGCAGGACUUGUUACCAGGCUGCGGUACCCGGUUAGUACGAAGGGGAGGAACGCACCAACCACAGCAGGCUUCAGCUAUGAGAAGUGGGAGAUUAAUCCCUCAGAGCUGACCUUCAUGAGGGAGUUGGGGAGUGGGCUGUUUGGAGUGGUACGACUAGGCAAAUGGCGAGCCCAGUACAAAGUAGCCAUCAAAGCUAUUCGUGAAGGCGCCAUGUGUGAGGAGGACUUCAUAGAAGAAGCUAAAGUCAUGAUGAAGUUAACACACCCCAAGCUGGUACAGCUCUAUGGUGUAUGCACCCAGCAGAAACCCAUAUAUAUUGUUACUGAGUUCAUGGAACGUGGCUGCCUUCUGAAUUUCCUUCGGCAGAGACAAGGUCAUUUCAGCAGAGAUGUGCUGCUGAGCAUGUGUCAGGAUGUAUGUGAAGGGAUGGAGUACCUGGAAAGAAACAGCUUCAUCCACAGAGACCUGGCUGCCAGAAAUUGUCUAGUAAAUGAAGCAGGAGUUGUGAAAGUAUCUGAUUUUGGAAUGGCUAGGUAUGUUCUGGACGACCAGUACACAAGUUCUUCUGGUGCUAAGUUUCCUGUGAAGUGGUGUCCACCGGAAGUGUUUAAUUACAGCCGCUUUAGCAGCAAGUCAGAUGUCUGGUCAUUUGGUGUUUUAAUGUGGGAAGUAUUCACAGAAGGCAGAAUGCCCUUUGAGAAAAACACCAAUUAUGAAGUGGUAACCAUGGUUACACGAGGCCACCGACUCUACCGGCCGAAGUUGGCGUCUAAGUACUUAUAUGAGGUGAUGCUGAGGUGUUGGCAGGAGAAACCAGAGGGAAGGCCUUCAUUUGAAGAUUUACUGCGCACGAUCGAUGAACUAGUUGAAUGUGAAGAAACUUUUGGAAGAUAAGUGGUGUGACCAGUGGCUCCAGAUUCCAAAGCAAGAGGAAGAAAUGGCAGUCUGUGGGAACUUAAUUCACUUGGCUCCUGGGUCUCUAGACUGUUCUACUUAAAAUGUGGCAACUCCUAAGGCAUUUGCUUCUAGUCUACCCUUAGCUCUGUGGCUGUCUUCUGGGCCAUGGAGAUGAUGUCUUAGAGCUGGUGAUUAAAAGGACUCACUUCUAUUCAUUCCUCAAGGACUCGAGUUUUGGGGCUGGAGAGAUGGCUCAGUGGUUAAGAGCACUGGCUACUCUUGCAGAGGACCCAGGUUCAAUUUCCAGCACCCAUGUGGUGGCUAACAACCAUCUGUAAUUCCAGUUCCAAGGGAUCCGACACCCUCUUCUGACCUCUGUGGGCACUGCAACACAUGGGUGCACAUACAUACAUACAGGCAAUGCACUCAUACACAUAAAAUAAUUUAAAAAAAAGAACUUGAGUGCCAACAGUGUACCAGGGACUAUGUCCAGGCCUCAGAGUUUGCCCAUUAUAGGGGUGCACAUGGGCGAUGUUAGCUGGUGCUAGUAGAAAGCCAGAGUAUUCAGGAAGGGGGCAGAGCCAUAUUCCAGCAACUCUUCCCUUUGGCGUCUACAUAAACCUGGGCCUGGGCCAUUGUCUGCAGCUGAGAUCCAGGUAAAUCAGGAACCCACCUUGGAUAGUACCCAGUCUUUUUUGGGAAAACAUCUGUUUCCAAAACUGUUCUUAGUAUUACAUUUUAAAAUAUUUGUAUCCUGUAUAUAUUGUAAAUACAUAUAAUAUAUAAAGUUA